AUGUCGAGUUCUGCUGGUUUCGAUAGACACAUUACUAUUUUUUCACCCGAGGGGCGUCUAUACCAAGUUGAGUAUGCUUUUAAAGCGAUCAAUUCAUCGAAUAUCACAUCGUUGGGAGUUACUGGUCAAGAUUCGGCAGUUAUUAUAUCACAGCGCAAAAUCCCUGAUAAGUUGUUAGAUGCAAAGACGAUUUCGUAUAUCUUCAAGAUAACCCCAAGUAUAGGCAUGGUUGCCACCGGGUCGAUUGCUGAUGCCAGAGCACAAGCAAUGAGAGCAAGAAGUGAAGCAACGGAAUUUAGAUACAAAUAUGGUUACGAAAUGCCAGUAGAGGGUUUGAGUAAAAGAAUGGCCAAUAUCUCACAAUUGUAUACUCAAAGAGCCUAUAUGAGACCAUUGGGUGUUGCAUUGACCUUUGUACAAGUUGAUUUUGAAGAUGAAGGUAGAGGGCCUCAGGUUUUCAAAUGUGAUCCUGCAGGGUACUACACAAAGAUGAAGGCAGUUGCAACGGGUCCUAAACAGCAAGAAGCAACCACGUAUUUGGAAAAGAAGUUCAAAAAAAUGGACGUGGUAAAGGGCGAUUGGAAAGAAACCGUUGAAUUUGCAAUUAUUGCAUUGAGCUCAGUAUUGGGGACUGAUUUUCGAAAAAAUGAUAUUGAGAUUGGUGUUGCCACAGAAGGAGAGUUUAGAAUCUUGAGUCCCGACGAAAUAGAUGAGAGACUCGUUUCAAUUGCAGAGCAAGAUUAA